AUGGACCUUAGUAAGGCAACUCUAGAGAUCUUCUCAAAACUGGAGCAGAAAUGGCUCUCACACUGUGCAGCCUCCAAGAAAACACGAGUGCUGAGCAUUGACGGUGGAGGCACAACUGGCAUUGUGGCUGCUGCUUCCCUCAUUCACCUUGAGGACCAGAUCCGCUUCAAAACUGGCGAUCCUCAAGCUCGAAUCGCUGAUUUCUUUGAUAUCAUUGCUGGCACGGGAAUCGGAGCUCUCCUCGCUACCAUGCUCGCCGCCGCCGAUGGUUCUGGCCGCCCACUCUUUACUGCCAGAGACGCUGUCGCUUUUGUUGCCGACAAAAACUCCGAACUCUUCAAGGUGAAGCACGGUGGCUUCCUCCGCCGCCGCAGAAGGUUCUCUGGCUGGAGCAUGGAAAAAGUAUUGAAAGAAGCGUUGAAGAGAGAUGACGGAGUGAUUUUGACAUUGAAGGACACGUGUAAGCCUCUCCUUGUUCCUUGCUUUGACCUAAAGAGCUCUGCUCCUUUUGUUUUCUCCCGAGCCGACGCAACAGAAUCACCGAGUUUUAACUUCGAGCUCUGGAAAGUCUGCCGUGCCACGUCAGCAACUCCAAGCCUCUUCAAACCGUUUAACCUAACGUCAGUUGACGGCAAAACAUCGUGCUCCGCAAUUGACGGAGGUCUCGUGAUGAACAAUCCAACAGCAGCGGCAGUUACACACGUGCUCCACAACAAGCGUGAUUUCCCUUCCGUUAAUGGCGUAGAGGAUCUAUUGGUUCUGUCGUUAGGAAACGGAAGUGGAUCACUGAGUGGAAGGAAGCUCCGUCCUAACGGCGAGUGCUCCACGUCGUCUGUUGUUGACAUUGUGCUUGACGGAGUUUCGGAGACUGUUGACCAAAUGUUGGGUAACGCAUUCUGUUGGAACCGUACUGAUUACGUCAGAAUUCAGGCAAACGGAUUAGCGAGUGUGGAGGACGAGGUGCUAAAGGAGAGAGGAGUGGAAACGCUACCAUUUGGCGGGAAGCGGUUACUGACGGAGACCAAUGCUGAAAGAAUUGAGAGCUUUGUGCAACGACUUGUUGUUUCAGGGAAGCGUAGUUUGCCUCCUAGUCCUUGCAAGAAUACCGCCGUUAGUCCUCUAGCAAACGGUAGUUAG